AUGGUGGUGGAGGGGAUCCGAAAGGACGCGGAGGCCUCGCAGCGGAUCUCCGCCGAGAUCGCGAGGCAGAUGGUGGAGCAGCACGACGCCCUCCGCGGGCGGCGCGCCAGGCCGGACGACGAAGACCAGGCCGAAGAAGGAGAGACGGAGACGGAGACAGGGAAGGCGGAGGCGGUAAAGGGGGGGGAACCGCCGACCCAAAGGCAGGGGCCGCCCCUCCUGGCUCGCAAAAGAAGGUCCACUUCCCUAAUUCGCACUAUAUUUACUCCUCCGAUGUGA